AUGAACUUAAUUGUUAUUCUAGGCUUAUUUACUAGCAUUGCUAAUAUAUUUGCUGAAAAAUUUGGUUUUCGUGUUGACAAAUCUGAAUCGUGUGCUUUAAGAGCAUGUAACAAAAUAUAUUCAAACAAAAUUAAUGUGCAUCUAAUUCCCCAUUCGCAUGAUGAUGUGGGUUGGCUAAAGGCUGUGGAUGAAUAUUACUAUGGAUUGCACGAAGAUGUCCAAAAUGUGGGUAUACAAUAUAUUUUCGAGUCAGUACUUCAAGCUCUUAAGCACAAUGUUGAUCGCAGAUAUAUUCAAGUGGAGACUGCUUACUUUUGGAAAUGGUGGCAAAAGCAACCUCAAGAAAAGAAAGACCUUUUUAAAAGUUUUGUUGAAAGUGGAAGGAUUGAGAUGGUCGGUGGAGGUUGGACUAUGAAUGACGAAGCUUGUACCAACUAUCAGUCUAUAAUUAACCAGUUUACGUGGGGCCUAAGACUUUUAAACGACACUUUGGGUGAUUGCGGUCGUCCCAAGAUCGGUUGGCAAAUUGAUCCGUUCGGGCAUAGCAGAGAACAAGCCUCCAUUUUCAAGCAAAUGGGGUACGACGCCAUUUUCUUUACCCGUCUCAGCAUUGACGAUAGAAACAGGAGAAAAGCCACGCAAGAUUUGGAAUUCAUGUGGAAAAGUAACGAUAACUUCAAAGACAGUGAAAUUUUUACUAGUGCUAUGGACGGUUAUUAUGCACCUUCUGACUUUUGUUGGGACUAUUUGCAAUGCGACUCAGAUGCCAUUAACGAUGACCCAGAAAGUUUUGAUUACAAUUUACCUAAAAAGAUAGAAGAAUUUGCAAAACGUAUUGACAGCUACAAAAAAUAUUUUCGAACAAAUAAUAUAUUAUUUGCGAUGGGUGGAGAUUUUCAAUAUCAAGCGGCGGAAAUCAACUUUUUGAACAUUGAUAAACUAAUUAAAGGUUUUGAAUCCAGUAAAAAAUACAAUGUAUUUUACUCAACACCAUCAUGUUAUGUCAAUGCGGUAAAAAAAGCCAAUGCAACAUUUUCCGUCAAAGAAUCUGGAGACUUCUUCCCUUACAACGAAAACGACCACGUCUAUUGGGCUGGAUAUUACACCUCGAGAUCAACAUUGAAGAGAUACGAAAGAGUAGGGAACAAUAUUUUGCAGGCUGCCCAAAAUUUAAAUGCUUUUGCAAAACUCAGAAAGAUCUGUAACGGAUCUGAAUGCGAAGAAAAUAUUAGAAGCUUAAGAGAAGCUGUGAGUACCAUGCAACAUCAUGACGCUAUUACUGGGACAGAAAAGGAAAGAGUUGCUUACGAUUAUUCAAGAAUUUUGACGUCGGCAAUAAGAGAUACGGAGAAAAGUAUUGGAAAAACUAUAGGUAAUAUAUUAAAGCUCGACAAUAUUACUGAGGAUGUCACCUUACCUCUUACUACAUGCCUUCUUACCAAUAUAAGCGUUUGUGACCAAACCAUGAAGGACAGAUCAUUAAUUGUUAUUUACAAUCCUCUUCCAAAAUAUGCUACUUACUAUAUAAGAGUACCUGUUCAAAAUGGAACCUACACACUUACUGGAAUAUAUGGUCCCAUAAAUUUUGAGCUUAUCCAACACAUGAACUACCCAGUGGAUUAUCCUUUUGAUUCUAGUGACAUUGAGCUGUCAGCUUCAGACAGCAUUCCACCAAUGGGUAUGAAGGUGUACUAUCUCCAAAAAAUUAGCAAUACUUCAAGUGCCAUCGAACCAACAUUUUUAAAAGAAAAUGAACUUAUACAUUUGGGAAAUAACAAGUCUAAAAUUACAUUUGACUCAAAGACAAACGAAUUAACAAUAAGAAAAAACCAAAAUGAGUUCCAGACGAAGCAAAAAUUCAUGUAUUACGUUAGUAACAAUGGUACAGGUGAUCUUCCAGGCUCUGGGGACAAUAUAACAUCAGGAGCUUAUGUCUUUAGGCCUGUCAACGGCUCUGCUGCUGUCAAUAUUGAAGAAACUGGCUUUGGAGGCUUAGACAGUAAAGUUAUGUAUACAAAAGGAGACACUAUGGUUGAAAUUAUUCAACAGUUUGGUAAAUAUAUAGUGCAGACCCUAAGGUAUAUUGUUGAAGGCGAAUUAGAAUACAUUGAGUAUGACUGGGUUGUUGGUCCACUUAAUAAUAAGACAGUAGAUACACCAAAUAACAAAGGUAUAGAAAUAAUAGCACGAUAUUCAGUGAAUAAUAUAAAAUCUGAUUAUUUCUACACCGAUUCAAAUGGAAGGCAGAUGAUCCAAAGAGAAAGAAACAAUUACGCUUACAAUAAUGAUAGCAUAGAACCGGUGGCUUCAAACUAUUAUCCAGUAACUUCCAGAAUAACCAUAAAAAAUUCAACCAAAGAUUUGCAAAUGUCAGUGGUGACUGAUCGUUCGCAAGGCGGUAGUAGUCUUAAAGAUGGAGAAAUCGAAUUAUUGAUUCAUAGAAGAACUUUAAGAGACGAUCACAAAGGUUUGGAGGAGACAUUGGAAGAAAUGGAAUACGGUGAAUAUAUCGUUACAAGGGGAUCACACUAUUUAAUAACUAGUUCAGCAGCCUCGUCUAGAACAGAAAGAAUUCUAGCUUUGAAUAAAAUGACCCAACCUUGGAUGUUGGUCGCUGAUGCUACUGGUGAAGAUAUGGAUCUGGAUACUCUUAAAGCAAAAAUAAACUUUAAGUGGAUUGGAUGUAAAGCAAACGGAGAACAGGGUCUACCACCAAACCUCAAUGUAUUGAAUUUCGAACCUUGGAAAGAUGAUACUUUUCUACUACGUUUAGAACACAUUUUUGAACAAAAUGAAGAUAAAGAAUACUCGAAGGAAGUUUCGGUAGAAUUAAAGCAUUUGUUUGAUCCAUUUGUAAUGAAUUCUAUUCAAGAACUAAGUCUUGCCGCUAAUGAAUUUAUAAGAGAGAGAAUUACUGGAGAUAAUUAUAAAGUUACCUUGGGCCCUAUGGAAAUAAGGACUUUUCUAGUUACUUUCAAAUAA